AUGAGUAAGCCUCAAUUAUCACCUCAGAAGGAGCAAGAAAUAGCAAGCAAAAUUCUAGAGCGAGCAGAACUGGCUCGAAUGACGCGACAAUUGAAACUAGAAUUGAGUAAGGUUGCGACGCCUAAAAAGAAUUCUCGGGAAACUAGCAAGAACCGUUCGCGACUUUCUCCCGUCAAAUUCGGUAUAAAUAAAUUACCCAAUGAACCACCACGCGUUUCUCCCUUGAAAACCCCCCGCGAAGACGAGACUUGGACCAAAGAGCGACACGAAACUCAUCAGUCACCCUUAAACUCGAGUCGCAAGCCAUCGACGCCGCCCGCAACCCGUAGCAGGCGGCAAAGUACAAAGAUCGAAAGGACAGACGCCGACGAGUUGCCUGUGCCACGAACACCGCGUAUUUCGUCUGCGGAAAACGAGGUAGGGGCCGAUUUGCUGAUGUACCUUGCCACCAGUCCCUACGCGGGCAAAACUCCUGGGUACAAUUCAUCUAUAGGAGGUUCAAAUGCCAAGAUCCGGGUCCCUACUACUCCAUCGUUUUCGUCGCAAGUGAAACCGCACCCAAGUUCGCCGCAUUCGAGCUUUAAAGUUCCCUCGCACGCGGCUGCGGGCAUCUCGAGCUCUACGGGGGCCCAGGCAUCUCAAUCCCAUUUCAAUGAGCUGGUUGACACUCCGACCGUGGCAUUGUACAUGUCUCCAUCUCCACAGAAGCGCAAAAUGAGCCAAGGAGGUCUUCCAUCCUCUUCCGUGGGCGCCAACCUUGUCGUUCCGGGUACCCCAUCUCAAGAAUUCCGGUCGGCGCACCUCCUCAAAACGCCCAACUUCAACAUGGGAGAUUACGUCCACAACCUUUUCAGUCCCUCUCCGAGGGUCACGAGCGGCUCUCAUAGCGAUUCCAAGAGAGAUUGA